UCUGGUUAACAUAGCCGUAACAGUGUUGUACACAAAUAUUUUCAUAACAUCGGCAAGUCAUUGCUGCAUAAUUGCAAAAUGGAAGAUCGACCGCCGUCUAAUUUGAGUUUGACGGCGGAAGAGCUCGUAAAUAACGCGCUGGAAAGAGCACGCCAUGCUGUCAUGAACGAGUUGAAAGACACCGAUCAAUUCUCCGACAAUGAAAUUAAAAAUAUCAGUUGGGUGACCUGCAGGGACUUCACCGUGGAAGAGGGAAAGCGGCAGAUCGCGGAGUACAUGCGCACCUGGGAGGUGCAUCCCGGCUGGCUUUUCACCCUGAGCUACCUGAGGUUCAGCGAGGAGGAGCACCAUACCCUUCACCACUACUGGGCCCGCUGGAGCAUCCCGACCCCUGCGAAACCCAUCCCCAAGGAGACAGUGUGUGUCGAUUUCGUCGUCGACAUAUCCAAGGUCAAACCCCAGACUUUACCUGUGGAGGUGCGCUUCGUGGUGGAGGGGAGCAAGCUGGUGCACACGGCAGGGAGAGCAAGGUUCAGGGAGAAGUGGCUGGCGGACGUCGCUGAAAGCAAGGCUUUGCUCCGGAGCACGAUUGACUUCUAAAGCUAAACUGCCUUGCCACUAGGAAUACUCUUGAGAAUAAACUGAAUAAUACAA